GGGUCCGGGACCGUACUUGCAAGUCGUCCUCUGGAGUCUGGAGCGCCUUCGAUGUUCUUGCACUUGCCACACAGUUGGUCGUGGACCUGAAAAGUCAAAUCAAAAGAUGGUCCUAGCUUGAACUCGAAGUUGAACAGCGAGGGCCUGCUGAGCUUAAAGCUUCUGUAAUCUCUGAUUAGGUACCGGUGUUGACUGAAGAUCAGGGGUAUGGCGGCUGUCAAGAAAGCAACGCGAGUAAAUAAGACUUGGGAAAAUUCACCCAGGUAGAACCUCUGUAGUUCUCUAGUUAAUGUACUUUGCAUUUUAUCAACAUCACCCCAAGACGAAAGAAUUCUCAAAUUUGAGUUUCCUAAUAUUCUACUGCAGCACCAAGGAACACCACUGCAGGCCAUGAUCUAAACAUCGUAACCCCAACAUUAGGGGCAGCGUAGAGCCGUCUAUCAAAUGUGGCAGAGGGUAUGAGAGCAAAAGUUGUUUGCGCUGACUUGCCCCCAUUUGGGUUGCUGCUGUGGUGAAGUGCACAUUGAUCGUGCGGUCAACAGUUGGCACACAAUUAGAAGCCAGCGGCAGACGGACUGGCAUGGGUGGAGUGGUGCCUUGCGGUGUUGUGACGGCCCUGCUGCUGCUGGCGCUUGCUGCGGGGGGCGUGCAAGGGCAAGCUAGCACGGGGGGCAUCCAAUUCCAGAAUUGUGAAAAACUCACGGCUUACAAGAAUCUCUAUUGGAAUCUGGACAAGACUGCGGGAGUGGUAACUUAUGCCUUGGAGGAUCGGGUCCCGGACGGCAGUUGGUCUGCAUUUGGGUACAACACGCAGAACAGGGCGUCCAUGGUCCCCAGUGACGUUGUCAUCACCACAGCCACCUCCGCUGGCGACUAUGACAUAUCGGAGAGGGCCCAGUGCGCGAGCAGCGGCGCCAGCUCCAUUGGCGUGUGUGCGGACAGUGUCCUGGGGGGGACCAACGACGUGACGCUCAUCUCUGCGGUGCGCCAGAAUGGCAUCAGCAAGGUCACCUUCUCCAAGCCCCUCAAAACCAAGGACAGCAAAGAUUACGACCUGUCGUCCUCCACUGGAAAACCCGUCCAGGCCAUCUAUGGCAGCGGCCCACUGGACAGCAGCGGUGCCCCCAACUACCACGACACGUCGGUUACGGGCUAUGCCAACGAUUUCUACCCCAUCACGCUGGACCGCACUCCUGUGCUCAACUGCGUGCCCCUCCUACCGGACUCGGCCCUCAGUACCAACACAUCCACUGCCCCUGCUCCAGCGGCGUUGAUUGUCCCCCCCCUACCUGCGGGCACCCCCGCGUGCAGCAUCACGUUUGGGGGACAGCCCCGCUCGUUCCAGGUGUGCCGCGAGGAGGCAGUAGGGCUGACGUACCGCUGGAACAACCUGGGGGGGAACAAGCUGGAGGUGGCGGCGUCGUGCGACUUCGACGGCUGGUGCGGCCUGGGCUUCGGCAAGAAGAUGGUCGGCUCCAGCGCCGUCAUCGCGUUCCCCACAGAGAAGGGCGUGUACGUGAGCAACUACCUGCUGGCGGGCCAGAGCGAGGACGAGGUGAAGCCUGGCACGGGCGUGCUGCGCGUGGGGCCCCUGGCCGCGGAGUACGUGGGUGGCACGCUGACCAUGCUCUUCAACGUGACGCUGCCCGCCAGCCAGUACCCGGUGUCGGCGAUCGUGGUGGGGAAGGGGCCGGCGGAGCGCGACUCGGGCAGCGGGCGCAUCCAGGAGCACGACAGCUACUUCCAGGGGAGCAUCGCGUGGGAGCAGGGAACAGUCAACCUGGAGCUGCACCGACGCGUCACCCAGGCGCACGGCAUUUUGAUGGUGGUGGUGUGGGUGUUUUUCUUCCCCGCGGGCGUGCUGGCCGCGCGGUACCUGCACCACCUGGACCCGCUCUGGUGGCACCUGCACCGCGCCUUCCAGGGCACCGGCUUCCUGCUCUUCGCCAUUGCGCUGGGGCUCAGCCUCAAGUGCAAGGCGGUGGACGGCCGCUACUCCACCGCACACAAGGUGCUCGGGGUCUUCCUGCUCGUCGCCGUCUGCCUGCAGGUGGCUGCGGUGGUGCUGCGCCCCAAGAAGACGGCCAAGAUCCGCUUCGCGUGGAACCAGUACCACCACUGGCUGGGCCGCACCGCGCUGCUUCUGUCCAUCCCCAACAUCUACCUCGGCAUCAAGCUCUUCGCGGGCGGCUCCGCCUUUGCCGCCGUCUACAGCGUUCUGUGGAUCCUAGUGCUCCUCGCGUUCGUUUGUUUGGAAGUCUGGUGGCGGCUGCGCGGCCCGUGGAGCCGGGGCCACAAGGACCCGGACGCGCUGCCCCAGGUGGGGCCGUCCGUGUCGUCCGCGCAGCUCAACGGGGUCGAGCUCAACGGGCAAGCGCCUAAAGGGCAGGAAGAGUACCAGCCGUACUCAUUCUCGGCAGGGAACGAGGGCCGGCGCUUCUAGAGUUUUGCAAGUGAAUGAGUUCGUCACUAGAAACCCUUGUUGACGCAUGGGGUUGCUUCUUGUGCUCCGACUGGCAUGCUGCUAGGCCGCUGCGUGUCAAGUUCGCCUUUGUGAUGGCAAUUAUCGACUCGGUUUCAGGGUCACGUAGAUGCCUGUCGCAGAAGGUUGGUUGGCUGGCAUCUUUGUCAAGGCUUAAUUGUACAGAUUGAUCAGGUAUACUUUAUAAAAGCCGGAUGGUUCAGAUCCGAUCUUGUCAACUCGCGUGUAGCUAAAAGAGCGCAAAAUUGAGGUGAUGAACCUCGAUACGGAAAAUGAGAUUCAAUUUAAUUCGAUGUUUAGUACACAAACCAAUAGAACUUCAAUAGUUAAUCACAGUAAAACAAUGCAAGCAUGGCACCACAUGGGUUACCAGACCUAAGUUGCAACCGAGAGGACGUUAAUGUAUACCGUGUCUCAUGUGCAAUUUGAUCAAUUGCU